AUCGCUCACGCGGUCACGCCCAUCGCGCCGCGCGGCUCCCGAGAUGGCACGGCACGCGAAGACGGACUCCGACGUGACGAGCCUGGCGCCGUCCUCGCCGCCGCGGUCGCCGCGCCGGUCGGCCUACUACGUGCUCAGCCCCGCCGCCUCCCACCCGGACGUCGUGGUGGCCUCGGGCGGCGCAGGCGGCGGCGGCGGAGGCGUGGCCGCGGCCGAGAAGAUGUCGUUCGCGGGUUCUACCCCGGCCGAGUCGCCGCUGCACUACCACUACCACCACUCCGGCGCCGCCGUGCACCACUCCCGGGAGUCUUCCACCGGCCGCCUCCUCUUCUCCGACCAGCUCCGCUCCGGCGCCGCUGCCGGCGUCCCCUGGCGACGCCUUGCGCAGGGCAGCGGCGCCGGCAGCGUCGGGGACGACGACGACGACGAAGGAGGACUCGCCGGGGCCGCCUCGCAGUGGAGGUGCUACGCCCUCGGGGCGUUCGCCUUCGUGGCCGUGUUCGCCUUCUUCCUGCUCGUGCUCUGGGGCGCCAGCAAGUCAUACAAGCCCCACGUCGUCGUCAAGAGUGUGGUGUUCGAGACGUACCACAUCCAGGGCGGCACGGACCGGACGGGCGUCCCGACCAAGAUGAUGUCCGUCAACGCGACGGUCAGGCUGCGCUUCCGCAACCGGGGCACCUUCUUCAGCCUGCACGUCACCUCCACGCCGUUCCACCUCUUCUACGACGACCUCACCGUCGCCACCGGCCACAUGGCGGAGUUCUAUCAGCCGCGGCGGAGCGGGCGCGUGGUGACGGUGUCCGUGGUGGGGAAGCAGGUGCCGCUCUACGGCGCCGGCGCGGAGCUGCACAGCAAGCCCAACAACGGCCGCCUCGGCCCCGCGGUGGUGCCCGUCAGGAUGGCCUUCGUGCUGCGGGCGCGCGCCCACAUCCUCGGCCUCCUCGUCCGCUCCAAGUUCUACCGCCGCGUCCUCUGCCGCCUCGACGUCCGCGAGGCAAGCCUCGGCAAGCCCGUCCACGGCGUCGCCGCCGACUGCGAGUACCACGACGGGAGGUGACCACGGGCCCUUGCAUUCAGACGCUGCGUCGAUACCGUGGGCGUGGAUUGUUAAUUGGAAGCUCUGAAACUAGACUUCUGGGGGUGGUAGUAGUAUUGGUAACACGAGGUAAAAUCCAAUCCGUUGUAAUGGAACAAGUGUUGAUGCUAACAGUAAUCCUGCUAAUUCUAGAAAAUUUUACUUGCUGUUGAAAUCUGUACUACCAUUGGCAUUAACUCAUGUCUGAAGCUCCGGCCGAAAUAUGUAGGCCAUCAUUCCAGCAAUAUACACUACUAGGUGAUAUUACAACAAGCUGGGCUGGCUUCUAUGACAUAGCAGUUGUCAAUUUACUA